UUUAACUAUGGAGCUUUUAUAGCUUUUAUAUGGAACCCUUUUGUUUUUGAAGAAUGAUAAACCACUAUGUAAUUUACACACAUUACAUACAGUUCAUGUAAGCACAUCUUGCAGUUUUCUUUUUCUAUGAUAAUUCUUCAGUAUUUUAAUGCCACUUUCAGUAAGUGACUGUAUUCAGCACAGUAAUGGUUAACAUUCUUUCAAUGGCUGUUGUACCUGUUCUACGACUUUUCAAAACAAAUGAAGGGCGUCCCUUUUCCCUUUUCCUUUCCAUUUCAGACUUCAUUUUUAUUUCACCAGUGUGAAAUAGAAGGUCAGUUUUCACUUCUCCACACCAUGGCAACCUGCAGUCCUCAUCUGUAUCUUUAUGUCCUGGGGCUACCUGUAAUGAUAGGAUUGAUGGCACAUUGUGAUUUAAUGCAGUCUCAUUUUGGAGCUUAUUUGCAGGGUGACAUUGUCAUAGGAAUUCUAGAAUCAGUUCAUUCUAACGUAAAAGCCCUUGAAAAUCGGACAAGUCCAGAAAUGUAUACUUGCAAUGACUAUGAUUAUAUACCAUUUGUAACGUCUUUAGCUGCAAUUUACACAAUUGAAGAGAUCAAUAACUCUAGCUUCCUUCCUGGUAUCAAGCUUGGAUAUCUGAUGUGUGAUGCUUGUGCAUAUGGUACCAAAGCUUUGGAAUGUGUGGAGCGCAUGCUUGCUGUUAAUGGGUCACCUGCUGUCCUCUCUGAUUACACAAACUUCACUUCACCCAUAAAAGUAUUCUUAGGUGAAAGAUACUCAGAAUUGUCUAUUCCUGUUGCAAAGCUACUCAGUCUCUACAUGAUUCCCCAGAUUAGUUGCAGUUCUACUGCACCAGUACUGAGUGACAAAUUACGCUAUGCUUCCUUUUUCCGCGUUGUUCCGAAUGAUGUGUACCAGACUCGGGCACUGGUAAAGCUCAUGACACAUUAUUCCUGGAACUGGGUUGGAGUGGUUACCCUGGAUGAUGAUUAUGGCAGAGCAGUCCUUGAGAACUUUGUAAAGGAUUUACAGGAUGAACUUGUGUGUAUUCAGUUUCAGGAAGUGUUACCAAAUUACUUAGGUUUGAUGAAUAUUAAAGAGAAAAUAAAGAUGGCAGCUGAUCGGAUUGAGUCCUCGAAUGCCACGGUCAUUCUGCUUAUUCUAAGACCAGAACAUGUCCAGAUGUUAUUUGAGCAGAUGAUUAAGAGAAACAUUAGUCGUGUCUGGAUUGCUAGUGAUGCCUGGUCUACAACACGAUUUUUAAUGAAGAUGAAAGACAUUAACAAAGUGGGAGACAUAUUAGGUUUUACGUUUGUCACAGGGAAUAUUCCUGGCUUUAAAGACUAUCUGGGGAACCUUAGGCCAAGUCCAGGGGCAAGGAAUGAUUACAUCAGUGAGUACAAACAAAUUCGCUCCAACUGCAACCAGAGUCAGCAGUCAGUGAGCUCAUUUCAUCCAGAUUGCAACGAGACAGAUGAUAACUACCUUCUUCACAAUGUGGAUCUGACAAUAGCUUACACUCAGAGAGUGGCAAUCUACGCCAUUGCUAAUGCCAUCAAGAAGCUUUUAAAAUGCAACAGCACAUCUUGCUCUGAAAACAGUAACUUCCUGCCUUGGAAGCUUAUAAGCAUUCUUCGUGAGAUAAACUUCACCGUGGAUGACCAGACAUAUUCCUUUAAUAAAGAUGGUGAUUUUGAAAAUGGUUACGAUUUUGUCAUGUGGAAGAAGAACGGUGAGGAAAGAGUACUUGAAGUGGUUGGGAAAUACCUUAUUAGCAGUAACAAUAUCGAUGUCUAUGAGGACAAAGUAUCAUGGUUUAACAACACAGUUCCCAAAUCCAGGUGUUCAAAAAAUUGUUUACGAGGAACACACAAGCUUUUAUUAAAUAAGCCAUGCUGCUUUACCUGUGUCAACUGUACUGCUGGAGAGUAUUCUGACCAGGAGGAUCAAGCCUUGUGUAAGAAGUGUCUAAACGGUACUUCUCUUCCUGGAUCAUCAGAAUGUGUGGAAUGGCGGCUGGGGAUUUUGAAUUGGUCAGCAGGGCAUUCUAUUGUGGCGAUAAUUGGAACAGCAAUAGGCAUACUUCUGUUAGUGUCCUCAAUUAUCAUUUUAAUUAAGUACAGAUCGUAUCAAGUAACACAGGAAAAUUUGAUUUUGCUGUGUAUCAUGCAGAUUGGAUUAAUUGUAAGCUUUGGAAGUCUAAUAGCCUUUUUAGGUGAUCCAAGCUCCCAACAUUGCAUGACACAACAGGCAAUGUAUGGUCUUGGAUGCACGCUCGCUAUAUCAUGCAUUCUAGUUACAGCCUUCCAUUCAUUCUUAAUCUUUAUGUCCAUUGACCCAUAUACACAGCGCUACUUAAGCAGGUUUAAUAAGUCUUAUGUCAACAUAUUCAUCCUCACUGCUGUUCAAGGUCUCAUUUGCCUUUUCUGGUUUAUAUUUGAUCCUCUUACAGUUUACGAAAGUCAAUCAAAAUACGAUCCUCUUACAAUGAACCGUCUGUGCAAUCAAGGGUCAUUUGCUGGCUUUGCCAUGAUGCAUAUAUACAUUGCUCUUCUGGCUCUGUUUUCUUUCAUACUUGCCUUUAAAGGAAGAGAGAAUGAGACUGAGCCUAUAGCCUUCAGCAUGCUCUUUCAUUUGUUUGCCUGGCUAUGUUUUAUCCCACUCUUUGUUGCAUAUGAGGAACAGCGGCCAAUUAUUCAACUCUCUGCGAUUAUGGUCUCCAAUUACGGAAUCAUCUUCUGCCAUUUUAUCCCGAAAUGGUACAAGAUAUUUCAGUUGCGGACCAAUCAAGACACACGUAGCCCUUCAGUGGUGUCCUUCCUGAAUCAAUCCACCUCUUAAUACCAUUAUUAUGACAACAUGGCAAUAGAAACCAUAAAUAUUAUACAGAAAUGCAUACAGUAUUGCAGAGCACAGAAAGGUAUCUCAUGCAGUGUGAAUGAAUCCCAUUACUAAAGCAAGAAACACAAUAAACACAAUUCAACCAGUCUCAUUUCACUGCAACCACAGCUGAAGCAUCAAUAUUAACCUCAUAAAAUGACCCCGGCUUUUCUGUGCAUUUUGUGCAUUUUUUGUGUGCAUGGUGGCACACAAAAAUGCCUUCAGCAUGCUUUUUAUUAAGGCAGGUGUUUAUUAAGGCAUGCUAAAGUGCAAAUACUCAGGUUUUCCUGAGUAUUUAAAAUUAAGGCAAAUUGUGUGUUUUUGUGCAAAUUCUACAGAAAAGAAAAUGUAUUUUAAAAAAAGGUAUUUUUGAGCUUGUGCAGUUUGCUACAGAUGCAGUUUGAGAGCUCUGAAUAGCACCCUUUCUGAACAUCUAAUCAAAGAAAGUGAAAAUGCAGAUGUGAUUGGUAGUUUUCUGUAUAAAUAAAAGUAUUAGCUAUUAUUACCAAAGCAUAUUAUUACCAAAUUGCCAAGUCCACAAUUGAAAAAAUCAAUAAUUAAGUCAGUAGAUGCAGGGCAAAAAAAACCCAAUGAUUAAUAAAGAGCAUAACAUUGGAAGGAUAACAAUAUUGAAAAUCUUUAAUCUGAAUUGAGUUUGUAACGAUUUGUAUGUUAAGAAGUUGUCUGUAAAUUGAGUUGUAAUUGAAUUGAACAGUAUAUAAAGGCUCUUGAAAUUGUGAAUUAAAGUUGAAGGUCUCUCUCCAAAACUAAUUGACACUCUAGAAGGAAGAUUUUAAAUUAACACUUUACAGCUUAGCAUAUGACUCAAUUUUAAAUUUUGUAUUAUACUUCGCGUGAAUAAGUGCUAAUAAUUUUUAUUUUUUGGCGUAAAUGAUUUUUGGUAUACAUGUCCUUUUUUUUAUGAAAUAUAUUUGAGUUAUUGUAUUAUUAAGGUUUUGCU